CAAACACGGCAUAGACCCUGAUGGCAGCCAAAGCACCAGACUAUCAACCAGUGAAGAGGUGGGAUCACUCCACUGUACGGGUAGGAGACUACCUGUACAUGUGGGGUGGGGCCCAGCCUGGUCUCCCUGCAGUAUAUACAUAAUAAUCAAGAGAAGAAAUCAAUGUGUUCUGUGAUGGAGGUGUGUCACCUAAGGACUGGUAGGUGGGAGCAGAAACCCACCACUGGUAACCCUCCACUGGGUGUUAAGAGCUAUGCAGCUGCUGCCAUUGGAAGGGAAAUAUUUUAUUUCGGAGGCCAUUGUAAUCAUGAUGGCUGUUUUCAUAAUAGUUUGUACAGUUUUAAUGUUGAUACCUUCAAUUGGAAGGAACUCUCUCCUACUACAUCUCAUCAUGGUCCUAUGAUGAAGCACCUCUGUGACAUGAUAGCAAUAAAAGUGAACGGUGAGGACUAUCUUGUAGUAAUUGGAGGAUAUGGACCAUCUUCUUAUAAUACAUCUCAACAACCUGGUGCCCAGUACUAUGAGGCUGAAGGAUUAGCUUCUGGUCAUCGACAAUGCAAUGAGAUCCAUUUCUAUAAACUCUCAACAGGACAAUGGAUAUCACCGACUGUCACUGGAGACAGACCACCUCCUAUUGAUAAAUUCACUUUAACAUCAAUUAAUGAUUCCAGUGCUAUAUUAUUUGGAGGUAGCAUUGCUGAUGGAGACAGUAACAAUGUGUAUAUUCUUAAUUUUACUGAUACAUCAGUGAAUUGUUCAAUGUUAUCUAAUCCUGGAGGAUCAGUACAAUGGCCAAGGAAAAGAGGUUAA